AUGCCUCCUCCACCGCAUCAAAAGCCCGAAAAUGUCCUGAAGCGCGCCCAUGAGCUCAUCGGCGUCAACCAGACGCCGGCGGCUCUUACCCUCCUCCACGAGCACAUCACCAACAAGAGAUCCCGAAAUGUUCCCAUCGUGUCGCUGGAGCCGGUAAUGCUCCUUUUAGUUGAGCUUUCCGUUGAACAGAAGAAAGGAAAACUCGCCAAGGACGCGUUAUAUCAGUACAAGAACAUCGCCCAGAACACGAACGUUGGAACCAUCGAGCUCGUUCUAAAGAAGUUUAUCGAGUUGGCCGCCGAGAAGGUCACCGCUGCGCAACAGAAGGCAGAUGAGGUCCAGUCCACCCUCGAGGCGACGACUGGCACUGCCAGCGUCGAUGACCUCGAGGCCAGCGAGACACCUGAGUCCAUCCUGCUUGCCACCGUAUCUGGUGAGCAGUCUCGGGACCGCACGGACCGCGCCAUCGUCACGCCCUGGUUGAAGUUCCUCUGGGAGGCGUAUCGAACUGUGCUGGACAUCCUCAGAAACAAUGCUCGACUUGAGCUGCUUUACCAGAGCACUGCUAUGCAGGCUUUCGAUUUUUGCCUCAAGUAUACCCGAAAGACCGAAUUCCGCCGUCUUUGCGAACUCCUCCGCAACCAUGUCCAGACCGCGGCCAAGUACUCGACCCAGAUGCAUGCCAUCAACCUGAACGACCCGGAUACUCUGCAACGCCACCUUGAGACGCGCUUUCAGCAACUCAAUGUUGCUGUCGAGCUGGAAUUGUGGCAGGAGGCUUUCCGCAGCGUCGAGGAUAUUCACACUCUCCUCAACUUGAGCAAGCGCCCGCCUAAGAACAUCAUGAUGGCCAACUACUACGAGAAGCUCACCAGAAUCUUCCUCGUCGGCGAGAACUACCUUUUCCAUGCCGCAGCAUGGGCUCGCUAUUACAACCUCCUCCGCCAGUCAGCUGCUCUCGUUGCGACUGGCCAAAGCAAGAAGUCCGACAACCCUCCUGCUUCUGAGGCAGAUCUCCAGAAGGCUGCUUCCUUCGUCCUACUGUCGGCCUUGUCCAUCCCUGUUAUUAGCACGACCAGGUCUCGUGGUGCUAUGGUCGACUUCGAUGAGGCGAAGAAGAACAAGAACUCCCGCCUCACUCAUCUUUUGGGGAUGUCACAGGCACCUACUCGAGCUGGCUUGUUUAGGGAUGCCUUAUCCAAGGCCCUGCUCCGCCGUGCCCGGCCCGAAAUCCGAGAUCUCUAUAACAUUCUUGAAGUCGACUUCCACCCUCUUUCCAUCUGCCAGAAGAUCUCUCCUAUCCUUGCUCAGAUUGGAGCCGACUCCGAGAUGGAGAAAUAUGUCCUGCCUCUUCAACAGGUCAUUCUUACCAGGCUGUUCCAGCAGCUGUCUCAGGUCUACGAGACAGUGGAUUUGGAGUUCGUCGAGAGCCUUGCCCAGUUCCCUGAGCCUUUCCAGGUUACCCGAGCCACUAUUGAGAAAUUCAUCAUGAACGGCAACAAGAAGGGAGACCUUGCUAUCCGCAUGGACCAUGCUACUGGUGUCUUGAGCUUCGACAAUGACAUCUUCUCCUCUGCCAAGGCUACUCACUCUGGUUCCGGUGCUGGUUCGGCUGAGGCUGACGGCAGCUCAGUCCAAAGACUGCAGAGCACUCCCUCUGAGAUCGUGCGCUCGCAGCUUACUCGGCUGGCCAAGACGCUUUACACUACGUGCUACUAUAUCGAUCCUACAUUCAAUGAGGCUCGCAUCAAGGCCCGCGAGGCCGCCUUGCAACGUGCCAAGUCUGGUGCUGACAAGGAGCACCACGACAUCCUUGCCCGAAAAGAGAUAAUCCAGAAGCGCAAGGAGGAAGCGUCAGAGCUCAAGGCGCGCAUUGAGAAGGAGAAUGCCAAGGCCAAGCGUCUCCGUGAGCAGGCCCUGCUGGAAGCUGAGAACCAACGUCUGCAGCAGGAGCAGAAGGAACGCGAGCUGAAGAGAAUGCAGAAGGAGCGUGAAGAGAUCCACGUUCGUGAGAUUGAGAACACAAUUAAGGAGCUCAAGCUCGGCGGAACUAAGGAUCUUGGCAUCGAUCCUGAGGAGCUGGCGACCAUGGACAGCAGCCGUCUCCGAGCUAUCAAACUCGCCCAGCUCGAGCGUGAGAAGAACGACGUUAAUGAGAAGAUGCGCAUCACUGGAAAGCGUAUUGAUCAUUUGGAGCGUGCGUUCCGAAAGGAAGAGGCAAAGAAGCUUGCCGAGGACUACGACAGGCAACGUGCCGCUGAUAUUGCGGCUUACGAGAAGAUGAAGGAGGAGACGUUGAAGGAGGCAGAGGAGAAGCACAAGGAGAGCGUUGAGCUCAAGCAUCGCCUAAGCCGUCUCAUGCCAUUCUACGACUCUUUCAAGGAGAAUCUGCACAGGAAGCGCCAUGAUGAGUUUGAGAAGCGCCGCCGUGACGCAGAGAAGGAGCUGGAGCGACAGAUUGCGGCUCGUAAGAAGGAGUUCCGCGAGCGCAAGCUCCGAGAGAAGAGGGAGCGCGAGGAGCAGGAGAGGGCACUGCGCGAAGCAGAGGAGCGUGCCGCCAAGGAGAAGGAGGAGCGCGAGCAGAAGGAGGCAACGCGCAGAGAGGAGAUGGCGAAGCUGAAGGCCCAGCGCGAGGCAGAGCGCCAAGAAACUCUCGAGAAGGCAGCCCUUCAAGCUCGCCGCGAGGAAGAGGCUCUUGCCAGACGGAAGGCCGAGCGGGAGAAGGCUUCUGCUGGUCCUCCGUUGAGGCGGGAUACCCCAACUGGCCGUACUGUGCCCGUGAUGGAGCGCACGGAUUCAAACGAGCGCUCGUCUGGUCCUCCACGUCUGCAGCUUGCGGGUAGCAAGCCAAGCUGGCGUGACCGUGAAGCUGCUAAGUCCUCUGGCGCGCCCUCGGCACCCGCAGAUGUUGCUCCCCCUGCUGCUAAGCCAGAGCCGCCUGCUGAAAGGACAGACUCAGCCGAGCGGUCAUCCGGCCCACCUCGACUACAGCUCGCGGGUAACAAGCCCAGCUGGCGUGAGCGUGAGGCCGCCAGGGUCGCAGGAGGUGCUCCAGCAGAUAGGAACGGCCCUCCUCAAAGGACAGCAUCUGGCCGUGGAGCUCCUCUUGACCGUGUCGGAUCCGGCAGGGGAGAGAACGGGCACGACGAGUCACCAGCCGCCGCUCCCGAGCCUCUCAAAGCAACGGGUGCUCCGGGCAAGUACGUGCCCAAGUUCCGCAGGGCAGAGGGCAACUAA